AUGGCCGAUUCAAUCUCAAAAAGAGUAAACGUUUCUUCUAAAGACGAUGUCGUCCUGGUUUGUUUGCCACCAGAAAGGAGUUCAUUCCAGAAACUGAGACAACGCCUGUCUGAGAUCUUCUUCCCUGAUGAUCCUCUUCACAUGUUCAAGAAUCAAACUUUAUCAAGAAAAUGGGUUCUUGGUUUACAGUACAUCUUCCCCAUCCUUCAAUGGCUGCCUUCCUAUACUUUCCAACUCUUCAGAUCUGAUCUCAUUGCAGGUCUCACCAUUGCUAGUUUGGCCAUUCCACAGGGAAUAAGUUAUGCAAAACUUGCACAUUUGCCACCAAUAAUUGGAUUAUAUUCUAGUUUUGUUCCACCAUUGAUAUACUGGGUUCUUGGGAGUUCAAAGCAUCUUGGGGUUGGACCAGUUUCAAUAGCAUCACUGGUAAUGGGAACAAUGUUAAGUGAAGAAGUGAAUCCAAUAACUCAACCAGAUCUAUAUCUUAGCCUUGCUUUUACUUCUUCCUUCUUUGCUGGCCUUCUUCAAGCUUCAUUGGGAUUUCUAAGAUUAGGGUUCAUAAUUGAUUUCCUUUCAAAGGCAACUCUAAUAGGUUUCAUGGCUGGAGCUGCCAUUAUUGUCACCCUUCAACAGCUUAAAGGUUUGCUUGGUAUUGUCCAUUUCACUAACAAAAUGCAAAUUGUCCCUGUUAUGUCAUCUGUUUUUCACCAAACUAAAGAGUGGUCUUGGGAAACCAUUCUUAUGGGUUUAAGUUUCUUAGCCUUUUUACUAAUCACUAGGAAAAUUAGCAUGAAGAAACCAAAGCUAUUUUGGAUAUCAGCAGCAGCACCAUUAACAUCUGUUUUUCUGUCUACUCUUCUGGUUUUCAUCUUCAAAUCCCACUUAAAGGAUGUCAUCUCUAUAAUUGGGACACUGCCAAGAGGGAUCAAUCCACCAUCUGCAAAUAAGCUAGUUUUUCAUGGUUCUCAUCUUGCUCUCACAAUCAAAAUCGGAAUCGUGACUGGGAUUUUGUCUCUAACCGAAGGAGUUGCUGUUGGAAGGACGUUUGCUUCAAUUGAAAACUACCAAAUUGAUGGGAAUAAAGAGAUGAUGGCUAUUGGUCUAAUGAACAUGGCUGGUUCUUGUUGUUCAUGUUAUGUCACAACUGGUUCUUUUUCUCGGUCGGCUGUGAACUACAAUGCUGGUGCCAAAACUGCUUCUUCUAAUGUAGUAAUGUCGGCUGCAGUGGUGAUUACUUUGCUAUUCCUUAUGCCCCUGUUUUACUACACGCCAAACUUUGUUUUAGCCGCAAUUAUUAUGACUGCUGUCAUUGGACUCGUCGAUUAUACAGCCGCCAUUAAGCUUUGGAAGAUAGAUAAGCUUGACUUCUUGUCGUGUUUAUGUUCCUUUUUUGGUGUUCUUUUCUUCUCUGUUCAAUCUGGUCUUGCAAUUGCCGUUGGAGUGUCCAUUUUAAAGAUUCUACUCCAGGUUACUAGACCAAACACAAAUGUCCUAGGAAACAUUCCUGGGACUCAACUAUAUAGGAGUCUAACCCAUUAUAAGGACGCAUUAAGGGUUCGAUCUUUCCUAGUCUUGGCCAUCGAGUCUCCUAUGUAUUUUGCUAACUCAUUUUAUUUACAAGAGAGGAUAUUAAGAUGUGUACGAGAAGAGGAAGAAAGGAUUCAAGCAGAUAAAGACGCGACUCUCAAAUGUGUAAUAUUGGAUAUGACAGAACUUUCUAAUCGUGGUGAAUUCUCAGCUGUGACCGCGAUAGAUAACAGUGGGAUUGAUGCCAUUAGCGAACUUAACAAAUCAUUGCAGAAGAAAUCGCUUCAGAUGGUUUUGGUGAAUCCUGUUUCAGAAGUUAUGGAAAAGUUGAGCAACUCAAAGCUGUUGGAUUUGUUUAGCCUCAACAGCCUUUAUUUGUCGGUGUCUCACGCAAUCGAUGAUAUAUCGUCUGGUUGGAAGGCAUGA